AUGCUUGAAGAACCAGUCACACGAAUGGCCGACCCAGACCGACCAUAUGAAUUGGAAACCGACGCGUCCGACUAUGCCCUGGGAGGACAACUCGGACAGCGCGACGACGACGGAAAGCUCCAUCCGGUAGCAUACUUCUCGAAGAAACUACACGGACCAGAACUCAAUUAUCAGAUCCACGAUAAGGAGCUCAUGGCGAUUAUUGAGUGUUUCAAAGAAUGGAGACCAUACCUAAGUGGCACACAACACCCCAUCACGGUGUUCACCGACCACAAGAAUCUGACAUACUUCACGACGUCGAAAGAACUCAACAAAA